AUGGAGUUCAAUAAGAGAGAUCCUGUUCUUUCGGAAUACAAGGGCGAAGAUCCUUCGUAUCAACGAUCUUCCUCUAGUGAAGGGGACAUUGAGACUGUCGGUAAUCUUCAUCGAUCACUCAGCAAUCGUCAGGUUCAAUGGAUUGCUAUCGGUGGUUCAAUCGGAACAGCCCUCUUCGUCAGUAUCGCAUGGGGACUAACAGCUGGUGGGCCCGGCUCACUCUUCAUUGCAUUCCUCUUCUACAGCUGUGUCAUUGGUUCCAUCAAUAGCGGCAUCGCAGAAAUGACGGUCUUUAUGCCCGUCUCUGGCUCCUUCCUUCGAUUCGCAGGUGUCUGGGUCGACGAAGCAUUCGGGUUCAUGGCUGGUUGGAAUUUCUUCCUAUAUGAAGCUAUCCUCAUUCCGUUUGAGAUCUCAGCACUCUGCCUCGUACUGCAAUUUUGGAGGGACGAUAUACCUGUUUGGGCGGUCUGCCUUGGCUGCAUUGUUCUCUAUGGUCUCAUCAACGCUUUCGCCGUCGGCUGGUAUGGUGAAGCUGAGUUCUGGCUAUCCUCUGGAAAGGUUAUCUUGAUCUUAAUCCUGUUCUCCUUCACAUUCAUCACCAUGGUCGGUGGUAAUCCUCAACACGAUGCCUAUGGAUUCAGAUAUUGGAAAACGCCUGGAGCCUUCGCGGAAUCGGUCACGACAGGCUCGCUGGGCAAGUUCCAAGGUUUCCUGGGAUCAUUGUGGGUUGCUGCAUGGACAGUUUGUGGUCCAGAAUAUAUCGCUAUGAUCUCUGCCGAGGCUGUCUAUCCUCGAGUCACUAUCAAGCAAGCUUUCAAGACUGUAUACUGGCGUUUCGGUUUCUUCUUCAUCCUUGGUGCCCUUUGUGUUGGUAUUCUUGUUCCAUAUAAUGACGAAACUCUCCUCAACGUUCUUGACACCCAAGGAACGACUACUGGCGCUGCUUCACCUUACAUCAUUGCCAUGCAAAAUCUUGGCGUUGGUGGACUUCCCCACCUGGUCAACGCACUACUCGUCACAUCCAUCUUCUCCGCAGGGAAUACUUACUGCUACAUGGCCACUCGCUCUCUGUACAGUCUUUCUCUUCAAGGCCAAGCACCGAAGUUCCUGCGCCGAACGUCCAAGUCUGGAAUUCCAUGGUUGUGCUUUGGCAUCACAAUGAUCUUCCCGUUCCUCAGUUUCCUCCAAGUCAGCGCCAACUCAGCACAGGCUAUCAAGUGGCUCAUCAAUUUGGUUACAGCGUCUCAAGUGUUGAACUACGUGAUCAUGGGAACUACAUACUUGUUCUUCUUCCGCGCUCUCAAGGUCCAAGGCAUUGACCGCCGGACCCUCCCUUAUCGAGGCUGGUGCCAACCCUACAUCAACAUCUUCGGCCUCGUUUUCGUUUCUAUAAUCGUCGUCGUGCAAGGCUACAGCGUCUUCCUCCCAGGUAACUGGGACGUCGGGACCUUCUUCACCUACUACACCAUGAUCUUUGUGUGCAUCCUACUCUUCGGCUUCUGGAAGAUCUUCAAGAAGACGAAAUUCGUGAAGCCCGAGGAGGCGGAUCUCGUGUGGGAGAAGCCAGCGAUCGAUGCAUAUGAGGCGAGUAUCAAUCCUCCCUUGGGGCUCUGGGAGGAUAUUUGGGUUACGACUUUGGAUGCGUUAAGGAUUAGGAAGAGGAGGAGUGAGAACCAUGUUUGA